AUGCCCUGCACUUUCCAGGGAUCUGCUGAUGUCUUCGGGGUUGGCAUCCGCGUGGGCUACUAUACACAGGUUCUCGCAGUUUGGUUUGCCAACUAUUUUGACCAUGGGCCUGUAGCUGGUCUACGAGCUGUCAAUAACCUGUUUUUACUAGCAUUGAUCUGCGCUGGAUUUACGUACUUUGUUAAUGCGGCGCACACGGAGGUCAUUGAGGCUUUCUUGUUGCUGCAAGUUGGUCUUGGAGUGGCGUUGGUUGGAAUCAUUGAAGCGGGGAGGAGCGGGAAGAAAUAUGCCCAAAUGAGCUCUGAGAGACUGAUCAUUCGGAUCGUGAUCAUGAUUUUCGGCGCAGUGUUCAACGCCUUCUUCUGGUGGAAAGCCAUCGACAUCAUGAAGGCCACACCUUGCAACGGUUCAGCAAAAAAUGGCGUUGGGACUUACGUCUGGUAUGGCUGGCGAGUCAACCUGUAUGGCUGGGCAAGAAUUGUGAUGAAAGCUCAGAGUCUCUUCGCAGCACUCUGGACUGCUCCCAUAUGGAUAUCCCAAGAUCUCAGAGUACUUCUCUUCAAUGCCAAGACAAGGAAAGCGAAGUCGAGAUUCAUCGAGGCCACUCGAGCUUUGAGAAAAGACAGAAAGUUCGAGAGCAGAAUCGAUAUAGCAGAAGACACCGAACUCAGACUGAAAGGAGACUUAGCAGAAGUGGAGAAAGCAAGUGACUACCUCAGCUCAGUAUUCUCAAUCUAUACGUCUUCAUCAAAAGUUCAAACUAGCGGCCUUUUCAGCAAGUUUAAAAUCCAGAAGGUACCACGACAAGCGGACUGUACGGAUACAACCCCGUAUCUCCAAUGCCUACGACGAUAUUUCUUAGCCAAUUUCGACAGGAAGACUUAUUACAGGCGGUGCGUCAUAGCAACACACUCUCACAGGCUAGGCCAGAAUACAGCUCUGCGCUGGCCAAGAACGGUGAACAACAUGUAUAAGCUUGACAGCGAGAUCGAGAACCAAUGUAGUAAGCUAGACAGCAUUCCCGACUGGCGAUAUCUAAGGAUCGCUUCAGACUUGCAGCAUGCACACCAAACAAACACGAAGGCAGCAACAAUCUGGAUACUUGAAGCCGCGGUCCAAUUACUUUUCAUCGCAGUCCUAAUUGUUCAGGUUGAAAUGACACUCGUCUGGAAUAACGUCACUGGGUUGAACUCACUCUCCAGUUUGGGUCAAUUGAUCCCAUUUAUUCUUGGAGUUGGCGGUCUUGGCAAGGUUCUUUGGGCGAAAGUGACCCAAUUGCGAAAAGGAGAUAUUGUGGAGCGGCAGAAUAAUAAUCCAUAUGAAAUUGCAUUGACGGAGUACAACGCUGGGAUAGGCUCUUCAAACCCCCAGAUUAAGAAAAGUAAGUUGCAAAGGGUUGCUACCGUUUAG